AUGACUUCAGACACAUCGGGCUCGCUGAAAGAGCCUGCCAUGGAGAAGCGCGAGGGAACCCCCUCUCUCACUGACUCACAAGAGAUCGAAUUCCGAUAUCUAGAGCUGGAAACGCCUUUGCCUACGCCAUAUAUCACGUUGCCUCCUGGUCCCAGCCAGUCGCCAGCACCUGACGCGCCCAGUCUGGAGAAAUAUAUAUCGCCGUUCUUAUGGCCAAAAUGGCGCAAAUCAAUGAUGACUUAUAUUGCAUGCGCAGUGACUGCUCUCGCUGGUUAUGCUGCUGGCGAGGUGAGUCCGGCGUCGGAGGAACUGACGGUGGAGUGGGGAAUUAGUGCUGUCGUGUAUAACCUCAGUAUUACCAUUUUCUGUGUUGGCUUUGCGCUUGCGCCGAUGCUACUCGCCCCGUUCAGUGAAUUAAAUGGCCGGCGGCCGAUUUUCAUUGCGAGUGGUAUUCUUUUUGUUGCCUCUCUCUGUGGUUGUGGAGGAACAAACUCCUUCGCCGGAUUGUGUGUUGCUCGUUUCUUCCAAGGUGUGGGUGGCUCAACUUUCUCGACAAUGGUUGGCGGUGUCAUUAGCGACAUUUAUCACGCCCACGACCGCAACACGGCAAUGGCUCUCUUCUCAGGAUCAGCUCUCUUCGGAACAGGUCUUGCACCACUGAUCUCCGGUGUCAUCGUCAGCCACACCACCUGGCGUUGGGUCUACUUUUCGCAUGCAAUCGUAGCGGCAGUCUUCGUCGUGAUCAUCUACUUCUUUUUCAAAGAAACCCGCGGCAGCGUCUUACUCAGCCGAAAAGCCAAUGCCCUGAACAAGUACUAUGAAAAACUCGAAGAAGCAGGCCACUACGGCGUCAUCUUCUCCGACGAAGAGUCCUCCGGCGAAAAGUGCAUGCGCCGAAUCCGAUGGAAGGUCAAGAGCGACGAGCAACGCGCUUCAAUUCUAAGCAUGAUCCAGAUCUCACUCUAUCGACCAUUCCACAUGCUCGUAACAGAACCAGUCGUCUUCUUUUUCUCCCUCUGGGUCUCCUUCAGCUGGGCAGUCCUCUACCUCCAAUUCAGCUCAGUGCCCCUCAUCUUCCGCACAAACCACAACUUCACAACCGAGCAAACAGGCGCUGUCUUUACUUCCAUGUGCGUCGGCGUGAUAAUCAUCACCAUCAUCAGUAUCUACCAAGAGCGCGUCGCCAAGGCAUUUGGUCUGCAUUCCACCGCUGCAGAGGGUCGACUGUACUUUGUCUGCGUCGAGUCCAUCUUACUGCCUAUUGGACUGUUCUGGUUUGGUUGGACUUCUUUCCCGUCUGUGCCGUGGAUUGUUCCGGCCUUGGCGGUUGGAUGCGCUACUAUGGGCAUUUUCUCGAUCUAUUUGGCUACCUUUAAUUAUCUUGCUGAUACCUAUCACCGGUAUGCCAGCUCGGCGAUCGCGGCGCAGUCUUGUUGCCGGAACUUGCUUGGUGGUGUUUUCCCUCUGGUUACGAAUGCCAUGUUCAACAAUCUUGGAUACCCCGAGGCAUCCAGUUUGCUGGGGGCUCUUGGCGCUGUUCUCACUCUCGUUCCAUGGGUGUUGGCCUUUUAUGGACCUCAGAUUCGAGCCCGGAGUAAGCUCGCAAGUGAACUUGCGCAUUGA